CGCGGGGGCGGAGGCUGGCAGGGGGCGCUGGAGGCAGGAGCCGCCCGUGCACUCCUCGCGCCCGAGGGUGCAGGAGGCUCUGAAACCUCGGCCGCGCGGCGAGCCUCCGGGGCUCGGGCGGCGGCGGCGGGGAGGUGGAGGGGGGGGCGCUGCCGCCGCCGGGGGGCGUCGCCGGCCUCGGCCCCUUUGUUCUCGCGCGCUCCCCCUGGCCGCCCACUCCCCUGCUGUCGCGCGGCGGCGGCUCCUCCCGCCGAGGCAGUCGGGCUCGGCGCCGGGGGCGGGAGGGGGCGGGGGGAGCGCGCCCGCCGCCGGGAGUGGGGGGCGAUGGCGAAGCUCCGGGUGGCUUACGAGUACACGGAAGCCGAGGACAAGAGCAUCCGGCUCGGCUUGUUUCUCAUCAUCUCCGGCGUCGUGUCGCUCUUUAUCUUCGGCUUCUGCUGGCUCAGUCCCGCGCUGCAGGAUCUGCAAGCCACGGCGGCCAAUUGCACGGUGCUGUCGGUGCAGCAGAUCGGCGAGGUGUUCGAGUGCACCUUCACCUGUGGCGCCGACUGCAGGGGCACCUCGCAGUACCCCUGCGUCCAGGUCUACGUGAACAACUCCGAGUCCAACUCCAGGGCGCUGCUGCACAGCGACGAGCACCAGCUCCUGACCAACCCCAAGUGCUCCUAUAUUCCUCCCUGUAAGAGAGAAAAUCAGAAGAACUUGGAAAGUGUCAUGAAUUGGCAACAGUACUGGAAAGAUGAGAUUGGUUCCCAGCCAUUUACUUGCUAUUUUAAUCAAUUUCAAAGACCAGACGAUGUGCUCCUGCAUCGCACGCAUGACGAGAUAGUCCUCCUGCAUUGCUUCCUUUGGCCCCUGGUGACGUUCGUGGUGGGUGUUCUCAUUGUGGUCCUGACCAUCUGUGCCAAGAGCCUAGCAGUCAAGGCAGAAGCCAUGAAGAAACGCAAGUUCUCUUAAGGGGAGUCGGCUCGUGGGAAGUGAAGCCUAGCAGCUGCUCUCGUCUGCACACAUCUACCUGCAGAGCCUGCUUCCCGGCCCAGGAGAUGGAAGGGGCUGUGAGAGGUCUCCGAGAGGCUCCCCCUCAAUGACGGCAGAAGCAGGCACAACCGGAAGACCUGGAACCUCAUCGAUUGUUUUCCAUGUGUCGUAGCAAUAGCUGCAGGGUCAAGCUCUGAGCUGUAUGGAGUUAUCUGUUUCAGAAAAUCCUAUAGAAGUUAAUUUUCUUCGGGGAAGUAACAGUAUAUAAUUGUACAGUGUAGAAUACAAACUAUUAUGAUUUAUGCUACCUAAAAAUAUUAAAAUAGAGUGGUCUGUGUUCUUUUCUAUUUCCUUUUUUAUGCUUUGAACACCAGGGUUU